CGUUCGAAACGCUUAGGUAUAUACAAUUAAUCCCCAGUCGUGGACGCAUCUUUCUUCACCGUACGGCAUUCUAGUGUUUCCUUCGCGUGCGUACGCAUACCGCGAACGUGGUUUCGCAUUUUCCGCAACCAGCGUAUCGGUGCAAAUCGUGGUUUUUCCGGCAAUAGGGGAAAAGUGGGGUACACUCCCUUUGUUUGCAUAUAUUUCACCAGUCCAUCGGGUAGUGCGUGUGCGAGUCUGUGUACGCAAUCAAAUGUUGUAGGUGUUUUUUUUGUGUGUGCGGAGGGGAAGGGAGGAGACGAGCCCCAAGCAUGGAGGGCCUUAUAGUGGCCAUCGCGGAGAAAUGUCCGCUUUCGAGCGCUGUUGCGCUGCGUGAGUGAAAGUAGUCGGCGGUGAAUUUUUGUGUGCGAGCGCGAUCGACCGGAGGCAGUGGGGCAAAUGUGAAGUAAUUUUAUUUGAUGAAUUAAAACAAGAAAGUAUUGAAAAAAACAUUUAUAUGUUUAUAAUGCGUUCGAAGCGCAUGUUGCAGUUAUAAUCGUACGGGUUAACUUCCACGCGAACAAAUAUCAAAAGCGGGGCUUCGAAAUGAGCUACCGAUGAGCAAAGCUGAAAAACCGGUAUCUCUCAAAAAUCCAAAAAAAAAAAUAAAAAAAAAUACCUUCAAUCAACCCGCUCAACAGAACGCCACCAAAGCCACGUGUCGCUCUUAUUUUUUUUUCUACCACUGUUAGGCUCUUGAGUUCCGCGUGCUCUCAUAUGCCUAUGGAGAUGGUCAUCAGCCUGCGAAGGUCAUCCGCAAGCGAACGAUAAAAAAAAGAGUGAUUAAGGCGUUUUUUUGUUGUUGUUGGUGUGCAAAACUCUUCAAUACAGAAACAGAUUCCCCCCGGCAGCAUCCAUCUUUCUUUAAGUAAGCGCCAUUUUCUGCACCACAAAAAAAGAGCACGACUUUGUUGCCGACAUGACGUCCUCGGCGCCCAGCGCUCACCAGCAGCAAUCACCCACACCGCCCCGGAGCGAUCGGCCGCUAAGCUUCUACGACAACCUGUCAACCUCCUCGACCGGUGGACGGAUCAUACAGUUUCCCGACAUACAGUUCCGCUUUAAUGAAAACAUUCCUGACCGGCGCUCGGUACACAGCAGCGCUAAAUCGGACUUUUUUGGACUCAGUCCGACACCGGCCGCUACGGAUCCGCUCACACUAACGACCACCAGCCCGGAUGAAGCAGAUCAGCCGACACGAAACACACCGAUUAGUACGCCGAAUAAUGCGACCAGAACGUACGAUAAUGGCGCAGGUGCGUCAGCAUCUUCACCAACGUCCAGCGGUGCGUCCUCCACCGCACCAAUGCACUCACCGUCCGGUUCGCCUUCCAGCGUAACGGAAAUGGCUACCGAUGCUGCCACCAGUACACCGCGCUGUUCGCGACCAAAUUCAACCAUCAAAACCAUCACCAUCAAACUGCCUGACACAAGUGGUCCGUCCGAGGCCGUGUACAUGACGACGACCGUACCGCAAAACUUUACCAAAAAUGCUAAUACGCUCAUCGGCCGUCACAAACCGACGCGCAGCAGUCUCCGGCACAGUCGGAUGCUGGUGGUAAACAAAACCGUUCCGGUGCGGUAUCCACCCGGUAAUUCGCUAAACUUGCGCCACCUGCGCCUAUGCCAAACGUUGAUGAUUUUGCAAAUUUUGAUCGGAUUAGUGCUGAACGUGAUCGGGCUCACCAUCAUGGUAUGGUCACCUUCCACUAACACCAAGGAUAAUCCCUACUGGUCGGGGUUAAUUCUUAUUCUAUGCGGCGUUCUGUUUCUAGUGCUAUUCCAGUUUAAGCGAGGUCGGAACAGUACAGACAAAGGGACCCCCAAUCAGUCCCGACUGCAUCGCCAGCAAUCCCCGUGGCAAGAAAAUUGCUUUCACUUUUUGCGUGUGAACGCUCUAAUCGUGCUUCUGCUGACUAUCUUCUUCACCAUGCUUGCCUUCAUCUAUGCGCUGAUUCAUACGACCAACCUGUCCGCUGAAGGGUUGCGUUGUGAACCGCAGUUUACGUUUAACGUCAAUUCGUCCACGUGCGUCUGUACGAUCGAUACUCGUCCGGCCAGAACGAUUGUAGCGCCGAUGAUAGCUAAUAUGACAAAUCCAACAGAUGAUGAUGGAUUCAAUGAAACUGUACCCCUUUCCGGUAGUAGUUCUUUCAGUAUCGCUAAUGGAGAUGACUCCAGAACACCCGAAGGGGUGAUACGUCUCGAGUAUCGCGACUUUAACUGUAAUGAAGUGCACAGCAUCUGGUACUACGUGAUGAUUGCCUCAACGCUACUGAACAGCUUAGGGUGUCUGCUAGCAACCAUAUUCCUAGUCAUCUACAGCAUCGAGUGCAUGCGACGAUCGGAUCGUCAUGCGCAUCGUUCCAAGAAUGGAGAAUCAGGCGAGCGAAUGGUGGAAAAUGCUAUCACGGCAACAAACAAUCCGAUCACGGCCGAUCGAUCCUCACCAAGUAUUGUACCGGAUGCAUCGACCUUACCACUCUUGACAGUCGCCACACAACCAGCUCGUGUCACGGAAAGCCCCGAUACCAGUCUGCUUAGCUCCAACAGUAAUAAUAAGCAAGAAAUGGGGUACGCCGAUACAACCGUUGAGGAGAACACAAUAACCACGCUGCUUUCCGACGAGGAAGACAAAAUAUUAAUGUCGUGAUGUGGUGUCUAACUUUAUCAGUGGCCGAAAAAAGAUAUUGCGAUUAUACAACGCAGUAGGUAGAUGGUGCUAUACGGACUGGCUAAACCCAUAAUUAAGAUAGUUGACACAAGACAUCAUCAUGCGGCCGGUAGCGAUGAGUGCCCCAGGAACGAACAGUAUUUUAUAAGCUAUAAGAAUCGUCAUAAAACUAGCGCUCUUGCUGACGUGGGAGGGGUGUGCACUGAUUGUGAGAAUUAGCUGAUAUUUUUGUUUCACGUCAGUUAGUUAGCCACUAUUGUAAAUUUUCGUUCUUGAUUCUGGGCAGUGCGUGCUUAAGCUAUUUUUUUUAAUUUUAAAGAAACAUAAAAUGAAGUGAAUAAACGUUUUUAAAGCACCUUAAAACAACGAAAUGGUUGAUGAAGAAAGAAGAGCGCGAAUAUAGUUU